UCAUCAUUAUCAUCAUCAUUUUUAGGAAAACUAUAUGGCUACUAUUUGGUUUCUAUCACUUCUCUUCGUCACUAUUCUUCUUCUCGCCGCCUUUAAACGCAAGAAGCAGCAACGAAGACCACCAUCUCCACCUGGUUUACCGAUCAUCGGAAACUUACACCAGCUCGGAGAGUUACCGCAUCAAUCCCUAUGGAAACUCUCCAAAAAGUACGGUCCUGUGAUGUUUCUGAAGCUUGGAAGAGUCCCAACUGUAGUAGUCUCUUCCUCUGAAACAGCUAAACAAGCUCUGAAAAUUCAUGACCUCCAUUGUUGUAGCCGUCCAAGCUUAGCAGGGCCAAGAGAGCUCUCUUACAAUUAUCUGGAUAUUGCUUUUGCUCCCUAUGAUGAUUACUGGAAAGAAGUCAAGAAACUGUGUGUGCAAGAAGUCUUUAGUCCUAAACGAGUUCACACGAUGCAACCCAUCAGGGACGAGGAAGUCAAGAAGCUGAUAGACAUAGUCGCCAAAUCAGCUCAAGAGAAAACACCAGUUAACUUGAGCGAGAAGUUUCUUUCUUUAACCGUUGGCGUGAUUUGCAGGGCAGCAUUUGGUGUGAGUUUCCAUGGAACUGUACUCAACAGCGAUAGAUUCGACAAGUUCAUCAACGAGGCAUUUUUGUUUCUUGGGAGCUUCUCUGCCUCGGAUUUUUUCCCAAACGGCGGCUGGAUCGUCGACCGGCUCACCGGCUUACAAGGGAGGAGAGAGAGGAGUGUGAGAGAUCUUGAUGCUUUUUAUGAACAAAUGUUUGAUUUGCAUAAAGAGGAAAAAGAGAAAGGUAGGGAAGAUUUUGUGGAUCUGCUCUUGAGAUUUCAGAAAGAAGAAUCUGUUCUUGGAUAUGGGAAGCUCACAAGAAACCAUGUCAAAGCAAUCUUAAUGAAUGUUCUUAUUGGGGGCAUAGGCACUUCUGCAAUAACAAUGACAUGGGCAAUGACAGAACUUAUGAGAAACCCUAGAGCAAUGAAGAAGGUUCAAUCCGAAAUAAGAAAUCAAAUUGGGAACAAGUCAGUGAUAACCUUGGAUGACAUAGAGAAGCUCCACUAUCUGAAAAUGGUAGUCAAAGAAACAUGGAGGCUACACCCUCCAGCACCUCUUAUAGUUCCAAGAGAAGUAAUGUCUGAAUUUCAGAUCAAUGGCUACCAGAUUCAACCCAAGACACGGCUUUAUGUGAAUGUUUGGGCUAUAGGGCGUGAUCCUGAUACCUGGAAAGAUCCAGAUAUGUUUCUCCCUGAAAGAUUUAUUGAUAACAACAUUGACCCAAAAGGGCAGAGUUUUGAGUUGUUGCCAUUUGGGGCUGGCAGGAGACUAUGUCCAGCAAUAUACAUGGGGACAUCAAUGGUGGAGUUUGGUCUUGCUAAUAUGUUGUUUCAUUUUGACUGGAAAUUACCAGAAGGCAUGGAGGUUGAAGAUAUCGACAUGGAAGAGUCUCCUGGACUAAAUGUGAGCAAGAAAAAUGAACUUUUACUUGUUCCUGUGAAGUAUGUAAUAUAAUUGAUCACUUUAAACUAAGUCUUUCAUGACUUUACAAUAAAUUGUUGCAUCCAUUGUACUAUGAAACUACAUCUUGUGACCGAUUGUAUCUUGUCAUGCUAAUCCAACAAUGUUGUAUGAAAGGGAAAUUAAAAAAAAAAAAGAA